AUGCCAGCUUCAACUGCUUCCACAUCUUCAUCUAAAACUUCCACUUCUACCAAAGUUCGCUCACCAAACAAGCCAAUCUCUAAGCAGACGAAGAAUAAAAGAAACGCGAGAGAAAGAAAACGAGUUGAUCAGGUCAACCAAGGAUUCCAACGUCUCCAAGAAAGUGUCCCCAGACCUGCCAACAACAAAUCGAAACUAUCCAAGGUAGAAACACUUCGCCAAGCUGCUCAAUACAUUCGCCAACUUCAAGGCCAACUUGGAAUCAUGCCAACGGGAACUCCAGUGGAUUUUCCAACACCAGAACAUUCACCAAUCUUUCCAUCAGUCAUGUAUCCAAUGAUGGCCCAGACGCCAUCUCCAACCUACCUCUCUCCAUACUAUCCACAGCCGACUCCCAUCACUUUCGAAAUGAAUCCAUACUACCUUGCUGAGAGCUGCUCGUCGGUUUCUCCAGCUGCAUCUGGAUCUGGAGACAACAGCUUCUAUUCGCACGCCGAUAUUAAUUAA